AUGGCCCCCGCAACAAAACGCCGCCGUCUCUCCCAGGACUCAGACGCGGCCUCAUCCCACUCAAAAUCUGACGCCGCUUCCUCUAUCGCUUCUUUGUCCGGCGCAGAGCAAGAUGCCUCAGACGCCGCCGACGAGUUUUCGGAUGAGCCCAACACCGACGACGAGAUCGCCGCCGCCGGUGCUAAAAAGUCAAAGAAGACCGCGAAACGCAAACAUCGGGCCACGGAUGCCGCCCACUUUGGUGCUGCACUGCAAGGGCUGCUGUCUACUUCGGCACCCACCUCUCUCCCUCUCGCCUUGAAACCCGAAGUUGCACGGCGGAAGAACGAAGAGGCGCUAGAGAAACGCGCUCGCCGCGUCCUGACGGUCGAAAAGAAGGAGAAGGAGGAUCUGGGGCGGGUCAGAGAUGUGAUCGGUGGAUGGGGCGGCGAGAGCGAGAGGGCGCUCAGGAAGGUCGCACAGAGGGGUGUCGUGAAGCUGUUCAAUGCCAUCCAGCAGGCCCAGAUGGGCGCGAGGGAGAAGGAGGAGGAGGUCAAGGCGUUGAGAGGGAGUGGAAAGCCCACGUUGCCUGCGCCCAGUCUGGCUCUGGAGAAGAAGGGCAAGGGCAAGCCAAAGGGGAAGAACAAGGAUAACGAGCUUGGGCGGGCCAAGGAUGAUGCGCUCGGGAAGGACGACUUUUUGGAUAUGAUCCGUUCGGGCGGCAUCGUUUCUCGUACUUAG